AUGGUUGUGGCUCCGUUAUUGCGCCUCCGCCAGCCGGGGCUACGUGGUAUCGGCUCGACUCUCUAUAGGAGUCGACCGUGCCCCGUAGAGAGCCAUAUCUGCUCGCAAAUAUCUCAGAUCGCAGGCCAGAAAGCUCAAUGCUUCUCCACCUCACUUUCAAGAUGGCAGAGCGAGACUCUGGACCGAACACGCAACAUCGGAAUCAUCGCCCAUAUCGAUGCUGGCAAAACCACUACUACUGAGCGCAUGCUCUUCUACAGCGGCUUCACCCGGCGCAUUGGCGAUGUGGACGAAGGGUCCACGGUGACUGAUUUCUUGCCCGCAGAGCGUGCGCGUGGUAUCACCAUCCAGUCGGCGGCCAUUACCUUCCACUGGCCUCCUGGAGACGGGGCAGGCAGUCAACCUGCCACGCAGGACCCUUCUGCACCGAAGUCCGCGGUGUCGCAUACGGUCAAUCUCAUCGACACUCCUGGGCAUGCUGACUUCACAUUUGAGGUCAUGCGGUCUCUGCGCAUCCUGGAUGGUGCUGUCUGUAUUUUGGACGGCGUGGCUGGCGUCGAGGCGCAGACGGAGCAGGUCUGGCGUCAGGCUAGCAAGUACCAGAUCCCGCGAGUGAUCUACGUGAACAAGCUAGACCGCGAUGGUGCCGCUUUCGGCCGAACAGUUCGGGAAGUCAGCUCCCGUCUAGCGGUUUACCCAGCAGUGUGCCAGAUCCCUUGGUUUGAAGGCGGCAACGGCGCUUUCGUCGGCGUGGCAGAUGCCGUCAAUCUCCAAGGUUUAAAAUGGAAGGCGGGUGAGGACGGCCGCACCGUGAAGAUGAUGAAUCUUGAGCAAUUGGAUGUGGAAGAACAUGACCUGGCGCAAGAGCUCCGUCGUGCGCGUAUUGCUUUGGUUGAAUUGCUGAGUGACCAGGAUGAAGCCAUCGUGGAGAAAUUCUUCGAAUGUGACGAAGACCAUCUAGCGGUGCCUCCUAUGGACAUUAUCGACAGUCUUCGGCGAUGCGUUCUCGACCAAUCAAGCCGCAUCGUACCUGUCUUCGCAGGUGCCAGUUUCCGCAACAUGGGUGUCCAGCCUUUGCUUGAUGCCGUGGUCAAUCUACUUCCCAGCCCACCAGAAGCCCCCGAUCCAGAAGUGAGCAUCGGUGGUGUCAAAGGAGGGUUGCGGCGGUUGCUCUCGGGCGACCUGAUUGUGGAGCAAGAUGAGAAGGCACCGGCCCCAGCCAAAGGCAAGAAAAAGAAAAAGACUGCGCUGCAGGCCGACCCGAAAGACGCCAUUUCUAAACUCCAGAGCUGCGCGUUGGCCUUCAAGGUGGUCAAUGAUGCUAAGCGUGGUGUAUUGGUUUAUGUCCGGGUGUACUCUGGUUCCCUGGAUCGCAACAGCCUGCUCUUCAACACCAAUUUGCACCUCUCAGAGCGAGCACCGCGGUUGCUGAAAAUGUAUGCCAACGAUGCAGUCGAAGUGGAUUCCAUCCCUGCAGGCCACAUCGGUGUCGUCGUCGGAUUGAAGCAUGCUCGAACUGGCGACACCCUCCUGUCCUACGCAGGAAAUAAGCCAACGCCGCCAGAACCGCUGACGCGUCUGCAAUUACGUCCAAUUGAUGUGCCUCCUCCGGUGUUCUUCACUAGCGUUGAGCCGCACAGUCUCAGCGAGGAGAAACGGAUGCAUGAAACACUAGGACUACUUUUGCGAGAGGAUCCCAGCUUGCACGUCAGCGUGGACGAGGAAUCUGGUCAGACUCUGCUGAGUGGCAUGGGCGAAUUACACCUGGAGAUUGCGCGCGACCGUCUAAUCAACGACCAUAAGGCGAAGGCCUCUAUGGGUCGUAUCGAGAUUGGAUACCGCGAGUCGGGACUCGGGGUGUCUGCUGCCAUCACCAAAAUCUUCGAUAAAGAAGUCGCCGGUCGCCGCAGCAAGGCAGGCUGUACUGCAAUCGUGGAGCCUAUCAGCGGAGAGGAUAUUUCCGAGGCGGCAGAUGAGGAUACCCUCCUCGCCGAGACUAUCGAGGGUAACCAGAUCAUCAUCCGUGCCCCCGGCUUGCAGGUAGACCGCUCUCCCAGAAACGACGAGGAGACAAGCCCACUUCUACCCCCGGGUCUUGACCCAGCUGCUCUCCGCGCGGCUCUCCAGAAUGGCGCACUUGCGGCGCUCGCCCGCGGGCCUCAAUUCACAUUUCCGAUGCACAACACUCGCGUCACACUCACUAUCAACCUUGCAGAACACCUCUUCGGUAACGAAACCACCACCUCGGCCCUUUCAGGCGCCGCACGCCAGGCCACAACCGCCGCGCUCCGAGACCUCCUUGCUGGCUCAGGAACGGUAAUGAUGGAGCCGGUCAUGGAUGUGAUUAUCAGUGUCGACGAAGCCAGUCUUGGCUCCGUUGUGCACGACAUCUCCUCCUCGCGCGGUGGGCACAUCCUCUCCCUAAAUGAGGAUGCGGCGCUGUCUGCAACCGAUGCGUCUGAAUCUACCGCUGCCGAGGAUAGCCUCCCUCCUAUUGACCCCAACCGCAUCUACGCACCGCCCGAUCCGUUUGAGACAUCGUCUGUCGGCGUAGAAAUGCCGGUGUCCUCCUCCCGUCCACGGACGAUCACUGCAAAGGUUCCACUGAAGGAGAUGGUUGGGUAUCUGAAGCACCUGCGCAGUCUGACUGCUGGUCGUGGCACAUUCGUGAUGAGCGUGGACCGGUUUGAGAAUAUGUCUGCGCCGAGACAGAAGGCGGUGCUUGCGGAGUUGAGGGGUGGGUUCUAG